AUGUCAUUGUCAAAUAAUACCAAUUUUCAUCCCAGCACCUUUCUUCUCUUUGGCAUUCCAGGAAUGGAAGCCAUCCACACCUGGAUAUCAAUACCCUUCUGCUUGGUUUACCUGAGUGCUCUCCUGGGAAAUUUCUCUAUUCUGUUUAUUAUCAGAACAGAUCCCAACCUACAUGAGCCCAUGUACUUCUUCCUCUGCAUGCUCUCUAUGGCUGACUUGAUCAUCUCUACCACUGCUAUGCCUAAAAUCCUCAGCAUUUUUUGGUUCCAGGGCAGGAAGAUCUAUUUUGAAGCCUGCCUCAUACAAGUGUUUCUCAUUCACUCACUAUGCAGCAUGGCCUCAGGGUUCAUCUUGGCCAUGGCCUUUGACCGCUAUGUGGCAAUCUGCAAUCCUCUGAGACAUUCCAAUAUCCUGACACACAGAGUCAUCAAGAACUUGGCGCUAGCGAUUGUUUUCCGUGGGGCUUUGCUUUUUAGUCCUCAGCCAUUCAUGCUUCGGUGGCUUCCCUACUGCAAAACUAACAUCAUCCCUCACACUUACUGUGAAUUUAUGGCUCUGAUCAAGCUUGCAUGUGCAGAGACCAGGAUCUGCAGGAUAUACAGCCUAACAGCUGCCUUCCUCACUGGGGGUUUGGAUUUCAUACUAAUCAUAUGCUCCUAUGUUGUCAUCCUUUAUACUGUCUUCCACCUUCCAUCCAAGGCUGCUCGGGUCAAGACCUUGGGCACCUGUGGAUCCCACGUGUGUGUGAUCUUAGUGGCCUAUACUCCAGCCUUUUUCUCCUUCCUUACUCACAGGUUUGGACACAAUGUGGCUCCUCACAUUCACAUCUUUGUGGCUAACAUAUAUGUCCUUGUUCCACCCAUGGCAAACCCAAUGAUCUAUGGCAUAAAAACCAAGAGAAUCAGAGAACGGUUUCUCCAAAUUUUGACUUAA